AUGAGCCAACAACAACAAAAGAAGCCUUUGCAACAAUCCCCCUCUUCAGUAGCACCAAAUAAACCUCAACAACCACAACAACAACAUGGAGAGAAGAAGAAAUUGGAUGCCCGUAUCAAGACAUUGAUAGAAAAUUGUGUAAAAACGAGACACCGAUCGUUUUUUGUCGUGGUAGGAAAUAGAGCAAGAGAGCAAUUGGUGAAUUUGCACUAUAUGCUUGCAAAGGCUAGAGUAAAGACUUCACCUUCUAUUCUUUGGUGUUAUAAGAAAGAUUUGGGAUUUAUUGCUGAUGCCAAGAGUAGAAAUAGAACCAUCAUCAAAAAGUAUGGAAAACAAGGAGACGAUGAAGUACAAAAGCAUCUCAACACACCAUUCAACUUGUUUUUGUCUGCUAAUGAUAUUCGUUAUUGUUACUUUAAAGAGACUCAAAACAUUCUCGGUAAUACGUAUGGAAUGUUAGUUUUGCAAGAUUUUGAAGGUAUAACUCCAAAUGUUUUGGCAAGAACGAUUGAAACUGUAGAAGGAGGAGGAAUGAUUGUUUUAUUGCUUCCUGAAAUGCAAUCACUUAAGCAAUUGUAUACAAUGACCAUGGAUGUUCAUUCUCGUUUUAGAACUGGUCAUGAUGAUGUAGAAAUUACAGCCAGAUUUAACGAAAGAUUUUUAUUGUCUUUGGCUUCCUGUAAACAGUGUCUUGUCGUAGACGACCAGUUGAAUAUUUUACCAAUUUCUUCACAUAUUAAGGAUAUCAAACCAGUCGUUUUGGAUGAAGAGGAGAGGCUUGAAAAUCACAUAUUGUCAACAAAAGAAAAAGAAUUGCAAGAUUUAAAACAAAAACUUCAAGAACAUCAACCUCUUGGAACGCUAGUUUCUCAAGCAAAAUCAUUGGAUCAAGGAAAAGCCAUUCUAAAAUUUGUUGAUGCCAUUUCAGAAAAAACCCUUCAAACAACAGUAGCUUUAUUGGCUUCAAGAGGUAGAGGUAAAUCUGCCGCUCUUGGUCUUGCCAUUGCUUCAGCUGUUUCUUAUGGCUACUCUAACAUUUUCGUCACAUCACCAAGUCCAGAGAACUUGAAGACACUUUUCGAAUUCAUUAUCAAGGGCUUGGAAAGUUUAAAGUAUAAGGAUCAGCAAGAUUUUGAAAUUGUCCAAUCUACAAAUCCUGCCUUCAACAACGCUGUGGUGAGAUUGAACAUUUUUAAAAAUCAUAGACAAACCAUUCAAUAUAUUCAACCUGAAGAUAGUCAAAAAUUGGGCCAAUGUGAGCUAUUGGUUAUCGACGAAGCUGCUGCCAUUCCUUUACCUCUCGUUAAGAAAUUAUUAGGUCCUUAUUUGAUUUAUAUUUCAUCUACAAUUAAUGGUUAUGAGGGAACUGGACGAUCUUUGUCUUUGAAAUUAUUAGAACAAUUGAAAGAAAAAGGACAAAAGCAAACAGGUAAAUUGACUUCAGGUGCGCGAAAGUAUUUCGAAAUCAAACUUGAAGAGCCAAUCAGAUAUGGUGAAGGUGACAAUGUCGAACGUUGGCUUUAUGAUGUACUCUGUUUAGAUGCCACAUCAGCUGUUCCAAUCACCUCGAAGUGUCCUCAUCCAUCAGACUGUAACUUGUAUUAUGUUAACCGUGAUACUUUGUUCUCAUACAACCAAGCAUCUGAAGCAUUUUUACAUAAUAUGAUGUCGUUAUAUGUUUCAUCACAUUACAAGAAUACACCUAACGAUUUGCAAUUAAUGUCAGAUCAUCCAUCUCAUCACUUGUUCGUGUUAUUGGGACCUAUUGAUGAAAAUUCUUCCUCACUUCCUGACAUUUAUUGUGUUAUUCAAGUAUGCAUGGAAGGUAAAAUCAAUAGACAAACAGUGCUUGCAAACUUAUCAAAGGGUCUAAAUCCUGGCGGAGAUUUAAUUCCAUAUCUUGUUUCAAGACAAUACCAAGAGUCAGAUUUUGCUGCUUUAUCAGGAGUUAGAGUUGUGAGAAUUGCAACACAUCCUGAAUAUAAGAGAAUGGGUUACGGUACAAGAGCUCUUGAAUUACUCACGAAGUACUAUCAAAACGAAAUUCAAAAUCUCGAUGAAGUUAUUGAAGAAGAACAAACUCAACAAGUCACUGAAGUGAAACCUGUUGGUCUUGCUCACGAAGAAAUCAAACCACGAAGUAAGAAUGAAUUACCUCCUUUGUUGCAAUCACUCGAAGAAAGAUCACCAGAACCUGUGCACUACAUGGGUGUUUCUUAUGGUAUGACGCAACAACUUUUUAAUUAUUGGAAGAAGAAUGGAUUUGCUCCUGUUUAUAUUCGUUUAACACCAAAUGAAUUAACUGGUGAACACUCUUGUGUCAUGCUGAAGGCAUUGACAACCACUCCACCAGAGACUAGAAAAUGGUUAGAUUCAUUUGUUGAAGAUUUUAAGAGAAGAUUCCUUUCCUUAUUAGCUUAUGACUUUUCUAACUUCAACGCUGCUCUCACAUUAAGUAUUCUUGAUUACAAGAUGGAAGACUCUGUAGCUUUAGGAUCCAAGUCUUUGACUGUUACUGAAAUGGAUCAAUAUAUUUCCAAGUUUGAUCUGAAAAGACUCACUUCAUACUCUAAGAACUUGGUUGAUUAUCAUAUGCCAUUCAAUCUCUCCUUUGCCCAGGCUGCGAUCAUGAUUGGAGUUGGAUUGCAGCAUAAGAAGAUUGAGGACGUUGGAAAGGACAUUGAUUUGCAAAGUAAUCAAAUUUUGGCUCUUUUCAAUAAGGCAGUUCGAAAGUUUGUUAAAUAUUUCAAGAUCAUUGACAAACAAAGAUUUGUUACAAAUAGUUCAGCGCCAAAGAACUCAAAGGAUGAUGACGACAAUGACCAAACGAUGAACAAUGACGACGAAAAUUAUGUCGAAAAUGAUAAGGGCAAUGUUAAUUUUGAUGAGUUGGACAAAAUGGAUAGUGACGAUGAAGAUGAAGAGAAAAAUAAGAAGCCAGCAAAUAAGGACAUUCUCGAUCUUUUUGAAAAACCACUUGAAGAGACAGAUGAGCGAUUCUCAACUCAAAAGAAGAGAAAGACCAUUGCAAAAGAACCUCAAGAUGAAGAGCCUGAAAAGAAAAAGAAAAAGGAUGACCCAAAGAGAAAGGAAUUCUUACAAGAAGUCAUCUCGAAAGGCGAAUAUAAAAUUACAGGUAUUUCAGAAGAGGACAUUGAAAGAGGUGUUGAAGAAAGUGGAGGACUUACAAGCUCUUCCAUCAGCGUAGGAACUGACAAGUCAAACACAGAGCCAAAAGAAGUGAAGAAGUACAUGCUCAAAAGUGAAAAGGAAAUUAAGCAAAUUGAAAAGCAAUAUCAAAACAAAUUUUUCAAGAAGGGAGGAAAGAAGAAGCGACAAGUGAAGCAUUAA